GCGUAAGAUCCCGAAGAAAACCCCAGCAGCAGAGGUCGAAUUGCGGGCUUUGGACCUCGCCAAGGCGGACUUGGAGGAGUAUGCGGCCCAGCGAUCGAAGGUGCUGUUGGACAAGUGGGACUAUUAUGAGGCGUUGCGGUUGGUGGAUGAGUUGGCGGAGGCGAAGUUCUUCGAGGAUAGGACCUUCGGCAUAUGGAGGCAUGGUGGAGCGGUUGGUUGGACAACAGCGUUCAAGGAGUUCCCGGACGUGGCAAGGGUAAUGGCUAAGGUGGUGUUGGAGCUGGAGCCGGAGGCUACCUUCACUGCUAUUUGCGUCAUGAGAAAUUCUCAGCGAGGACAACAUCGCGAUAGCAACAACGACGAGAAGGCCAACAACUAUCUAGUGAUCGUGUUUGUGGACAAGUUGAGGUGCACAACGUUUAGCCCCCGCAAGCGACAUGAAGUUCUACCCUGGGAAGGAACACGCACGAUGAUGGUGGCUUAUACACCGCAGGCCAUGGGCAAGAUAACUCAAGAGAUGAUUCAGCAGCUUGAAGAUCAUGGCUAUGUACCUCCACUUUCUCAACUACCAGAGUAUUUCAUCUUGGAAGAGCAGAGGGCUCCGAGAGUGUGCCCGAUCAAUGUGGUUGAGGAGGAGGCCCACCAGGAGGACCUGACGCCCAUAGCCGACAAUGAUCAGGAGUGGGAUAUGUUCUUGGACGUUGAGGAUGGGAUGGUCAAGGUUUCUCCCGAAGCAACGGCUCUACUACGACCUAGAGUGGCGAAGGUGGAAGUGAACUAUACCCCUGACAUUGAGGACGUGAUCAAUAGUCUAAAGGGUCCACUCGAAGUCACCCACACUGUGGAUCCAAAAGAUGCAAUGGCUCAUCUAUCUCUAUGGAAGGAUGCUAUCGCCAAGGAGAUGAACACCGUCGAGGUCGCUAUAUCAAGACUGCAAGUGGGGACACCUGAAAGGAGAGAAUGGUUACAAAACCCGCGUGCACAACGGCUUCCAACAAAGAUGGUGUUUACGAUCAAGCCAAAUUCCAAAGCAGAGUUGACCAACAGGGCCACAUGGGUGAAAAGGAAGGUUCGUCUUGUCGUCUGCGGGAACUUCGCAGCUUCGGAAACUAUGUCACUAUACACCGAGGCCGCCCCUUCUGAAGCAGUACGUACUGGUCUGGUCAUAGCAAAGCGAGAGGGAUGGUCAGUGGGAAUUAUCGACAUAGUCGCCGCCUUCUUAAAGACUCCCAUUGGGGAUGACGAGGGGGAUCCAGUUAUUGUAGCUACACCACCGAAAUUGCUACAGGAGCUGAACUUGAUCCAGGCUAGUGAACUAUGGGGCCUGGUGCGAGCUCUCUACGGUCUGAGGCAGUCUCCAGUCCUUUGGUCGCGGCACCGAGAUAGAAGGAUGGAUGCUAUGAAGCCACCAACUGGAUUUGCGAUGAUGCGUGGACGUACUAUUUCAAGUUGGUGGUCAGUGCGGGAUGCAAGAGGAAGGCUGUCAGCAGUGAUCCUCAUAUACGUCGAUGACUACCUGAUCUUAGGACCGCCAAGGCUUAUUCAGAUGCUAACCGACAUGAUCCAGCAAGAGUGGGACACUUCAGAUUUGAGCAUUCUCUCUGAAGAGAACGCAGUGAAGUUCCUUGGGAUGGAGUUAACCCUACGGGGCGAGGAGAUGUACCUCAGCCAACAGGGCUAUAUCGAGGAGCUCAUCC